CCUUAUUGUUAUAUUUAGUGCGCGCGUGCGUCCGCGCGUGAGAGAGAGAGACUUGUCCCGUGUUGUAUCAUGACGGGGCGCAUCUAUGAUACACAUCCAUGGGAAGCCGUAAAAUGCUUUGUCGCAUAUUCGGCCAUUUUCGUUUAAAAUCGGAAACGUGUUUAGAGUGAGCUUUACGACGCCAACGCGUGAUACGUUACGUAGCACUCUGAAGGUUAUAUCAGUGUAAUAUGCAUACUGCGCACAAGGAUGACUUCAAAUCUGUUUAGUUGUUGCUGGCCUGACACAUCCUGACAAGAUGUAUUUCAUCGAUUUUGUGUCUGGAUCAUUUGCAGGGUGUUGUGGCGUUGUGGUGGGCUACCCUUUAGACACCGUAAAGGUCCGCAUCCAAACCCAGAAACAGUACACUGGAAUAUGGCAGUGUGUUACUUCGACAUUUUUAAAAGAAGGAGCUCAUGGCUUCUUCAAGGGCAUGUCCUUACCUAUAACCACUAUGUCCUUGACGUCCUCAGUGGUUUUUGGGACAUACAGAAACUGUCUGCUGUGUCUCAGUCAGGUACAACGAGCGAACUGUGGUCCAAACACCAAACUGGAAAUCUUCAUUUCAGGCUUGGCUGCUGGUAUAGCUCAGACUUCAGUCAUGGCCCCCGGUGAUAUGGUGAAGGUGCGACUACAGUGUCAGACAGAAGCCAGGAGAAAAGGAGCUAACAUGCACAAAACCAGGUACCACGGUCCAGUUCACUGUCUACUGCAGAUAAUAAAAGAAGAGGGUUUCCAGGGACUCUACAAAGGAGCGUUACCACUGAUGCUAAGGGACGGACCUUCAUAUGCCACUUACUUUUUGACCUACACCACUAUCUGUGAAUGGUUUACAGAAAGUGGUAAGAAAAGACCAGACUGGAGUGUCAUCAUGCUGGCCGGUGGAACUGCAGGAAUGGCAGGUUGGACCGUGGGAACACCCAUGGAUGUCAUCAAAGCUCGGCUGCAGAUGGACGGAGUGCAGGAAACCAAACGUUACAAAGGUUUUUUCCACUGUGUUGCUGACACACUGCGGGCGGAGGGUGCUGGCGUUUUCUUCAGGAGCUUAGGCAUCAACUGUCUGCGAGCAUUUCCCACAAACAUGGUGGUAUUAUCGACUUAUGAGGUUUUCACCAGUGUCCUCAGGUCUGCAGCAGACGGCACUGGUCCUUUUAAAACCUAAGUAUUUUUACUAUGUAAUCGUGUUGGAAAGCUUGACUUGAUGAAACUUCAAAAUCUCAGGGCAAACUCACAAGGACUAGGUGUUCGGUCGGUAUUCAACCACUAGAUGGCCCCAUGGACAUUUUUAUCUCUUGACUAUACUGGCGUUAUUUCGAAAUACUUGAAUGUAUAAUGUUAAGUUAUCUAAAGCACGCACAAUACUAUUAACUAAAUGUUGUUGUUUUUUAUUAUUAUCAUCUGCAGUUGUUUAUUCAGAUAAACAGUUUUACCAGUUAUUAUUAACUGUAGUUAAUAAUUAUAAUAUAUAAACAAUGGUUAAUAUAUUUACAUGGAACCUUGUCCUGCGGAUAUUACUGUAGAAAUUGGACUACAACAUGAACACGUUUUACAGAAAGGACUGUAAUCACUGUCACGUAUUUGUUUGUUUUUGUUCCUUUUUUUAGUGUUACCUCAUAUAUUUUUGGUAUUAAGUUUUAAAACAUCAACAUAUAUUUGUAUUUUUUUGGUAUGGUGGAUCUGUUCCUGCACACAGUUUAAACCGUUUGCAAAAGAACAAGAACAAAAGCAGGAGGCAGCCUGCAAAUAAAUAUAACUAUAUACUACAUAUUGUGGGGUAAUAAAAAAUAAUUCACAGUGUAUCUGCUAUGAUUCUGAAUUGUCUAAAAGAGACGCCUGAAAAGUGUCUACAUGCUUUAAUUACCUUAAUUUCUCAAUGGAUUAUGCUCAAGAAUUCUGUAUUUUUGGUAUGAAAACACUAAAAGAUAUACUUU